AUGGGGCCAAACUCUCUCUCCACCACAGAUCUGAAGGAAUCAAUUCUGUGCGAGAGCGAGGAGCGCUUCACCAUGUUCCCCAUCAAGUACCCCCAGGUUUGGGAGAUGUACAAGAAGGCCGAGGCAUCCUUCUGGACCGCUGAGGAGGUCGACCUGGGCAGCGACAUGCAGGACUGGGAGAAGCUGAACGAGAACGAGAAGCACUUCAUCUCCCACAUUCUCGCCUUCUUUGCCGGGGCGGACGGCAUCGUCCUGGAGAACCUGGGCGUCCGCUUCAUGAAGGAGGUUACGAUCCCAGAGGCCCGCGCCUUCUACGGCUUCCAGAUCGCCAUCGAGAACAUCCACAGCGAGAUGUACAGCCUGCUGCUGGAUGCGUACAUCAAGGACCCGCGGCAGAAGGACAUGCUGUUCCACGCCACCGAGACGGUACCAGUGGUCAAGAAGAAGGCCGACUGGGCGCUGAAGUGGAUCUCGAGCGCAGAGCGAUUCGCCGAGCGCCUGGUCGCCUUUGCCUGCGUGGAGGGCAUAUUCUUCUCCGGCUCCUUCUGCUCCAUCUACUGGGUGAAGAAGCGGGGGCUCAUGCCGGGGCUGACCUUCUCCAACGAGCUCAUCUCCCGCGAUGAGGGCCUGCACACCGACUUUGCCUGCCUUCUCUACUCGCUCCUAAACGACAAGCUCAGCCAGGAGCGCAUCGCCGAGAUCGUGCUGGAGGCGGUCUCCAUCGAGAAGGAGUUCAUCUGUGACGCCCUCCCGGUGGACCUCAUCGGCAUGAAUGCCGGUCUCAUGGCACAGUACAUCGAGUUUGUGGCGGAUCGCCUGCUGGUCGCCCUGGGAAGCCCCAAGCACUACAACACCAAGAACCCCUUUGACUGGAUGGAGCUCAUCUCGCUCCAGGGAAAGACCAACUUCUUCGAGAAGCGAGUGGGCGACUACCAGAAGGCCAACGUGAUGGCCACUGUCACCAACGACGGCAGCCACACCAUGUCCUUUGACGAGGACUUUUAG